GCGGCGUUGGAGUAGCUCACGGCGGCGCCAUGGGAGCCUGCUCGGAAGAGUUUGCCGAAGAAAACGAUUGGAGAAGGAGCCAUGCGAGUGGAUAAUGCAGCGCUGCGUGAUGGACCAGACCGGCCGAAGUUUGGGCCGGCGCACCGACCACAAGCGAUUCCCUUUUUCUUUCUCUCAAAAAUAUAAUUCCCCCUUUUCUUCCGCCGCUCCUGCUCCGCUCCACUCCACAGACAGCACGCCCCGCUCCAAACCCUCGUCCCCACCGCGGCGCUUCCGGCGACGGCCAUGGGCACCCGGGUGCCGCCCGUUCCCAUGGAUCCCGCGGCCGCGGCGAAGUCCCGCCGCGACCGCCAUGACCCGGACGAGAUGGAGGGCCUCUUCUCCCGCAUGCUCUCCCGGACCCGCAACGUCCUCCCAGACCCGCCCGUCUCCGUCGACGGCCGCCUCUUCGCUCACCUCCCCCACGACUUCGUCGACUGCAUCAGCCGCCUCCCCGACGUGCUCCUCGGCAACAUCGUCUCCCGCCUCCCAGUCAAGGAAGCCGCGCGCACGGCCGCGCUCUCCCGGCGCUGGCGUGGGGUCUGGCGCUCCACCCCGCUCGUCCUCGUCGACUCUCACAUCCUCCCCGCAGACGCAGGCACCGCGGUCGCGCGCGCCGACGCGCGGCGCAUCACCUCCGCCGUCUCCCGCAUCCUCGCCGCGCACCCGGGUCCCUUUCGCUGCGUCCACCUCACCAGCAGCUACAUGGAAGAGUUCGAUGGCCUGCUCAGGCGCUGGCUCCAGAUCCUCGCCGACAAGGGCAUCGAGGAACUCAUCCUCAUCAACCGCCCAAUGCCGCUCGGCUGCCUUCUCCGCUCCACGUUCUUUCUCCCCUCCACGUUCUUAGGCAUGACCACCCUCACCUGUCUCUACCUCGGCCUCUGGAAGUUCCCCGACACGACCGGCGUCAAGCGCGUCACCUUUUUCCCUAACCUCCGUGAGCUUGGGCUCUGCACCGUCCUCAUGGAGAGCAAGGAUUUGGACUUCAUCCUCGACAGGAGCCCCGUGCUUGAGACGCUCUGUGUGGAAAGCAAUAUUUUCAAGCUUGGCCUUCGCCUUGUCAGCCAAAGCAUCCGGUGCGUGAAGAUCAUCCUGUCCUUCUUUGAGGAAAUCGCUGUGGUGGACGCCCCAUGCCUGGAGCGACUCAUCCUAUCAGGAGGUUGGACCAAAGACGGUGUCUGUACCAAGGUGAAGAUCGGCCAUGCCCCCAAGUUGCACUCGCUUGGAUACUUGGAUUCAGAAAAUCAUGUCCUAGAGUUCGGCAACACUGUCAUCAAGGCUGGGACAAAGACGAGCCCAAGCACCAUGGUACCAAGUGUGAGGAUCCUGGCUUUGGAGGUGCGUUGUGGAGUCCGCAGUUAUGCCAAGAUGAUCCCGACUGUCCUCAGAUGCUUUCCGAAUGUUGAGACGCUCCACAUCAUGUCUGGAGAAACUGGUCAACCCUCUGGCAAGCACAACCUUGAGUUCUGGAAUGAGUCUGGUACCAUAAAAUGCAUCCGCUCAUGCAUCAAGCUGCUGGUUUUCCAUGAUUUCCGAGGGGAUCGAAGUGAGCUUGCUUUCCUCAAGUUUUUCUUUAAGAGUGCGUUGGUGCUGGAGGAGGCGUUGAUAGUGAUGGCAAAUGGAAGUUUCACUUCGAUGGAGGAUAUGCUUUCCAAAGUGAAGCCUCUGGGAUCCAUGAAACGGGCCAGUUCAGACUCCACAAUCACGAUUAAUCCCCAAGGAGGUAGCAUUUGGAACUUCAAGAAAGCAUCCGACUUUUCUCUUUGCGACCCUUUCGCGAACGACUGAAGUCAAAGAUGCAUGUUUAUUUCAUGGUCACUAGCUCUGGAAAUUGUUGUGUUCUGUGGUCAUAUCAUGGACAUGCACUGUUUUCAGCUUUUCGAUGAUCCGCCUGACUCUUGUUUCUACAAACAUGAUUAGCUUAAGUGUUGAAGUUAGUGCUACUAUCUUCAAUGAUGCAAAUGACUAUCAUUAUGUGGUAAUUGCAGAGCACCUAUUGUACUCAUGUUAAUUGUGAUUUCAUUAGCUAGAUUUGAGCUCC